AUGCCGGGUCUUAUUGGCGUUGGUGAGUUUAUUGAGGAAACUCGAGAGGAUUACAAUUCACCGACCACCUCCACCUUUGUUUCUCGAAUACCACAAUGCCGACAAACGAUCAGCGCAUUGGAAGAGACGCUGGAUUUCGACCGCGAUGGCCUGACGAAGCUCAAAAAAGCUAUAAAAGCUAUACAUAAUUCUGGAAAUGCUCACGUGGACAAUGAGAUGUACUUGUCUCGAGCGCUGGAGAGGCUCGGUGGAAACGCACUCAGCAAAGAUUCCGAGCCUGAUAUUGGCGCGGCUUUUUUUAAGUUCGCCGUUGUCACCAAAGAGCUGUCUGCCCUCAUGAAGACGUUGGCAAUCAUCACCACUGUAGUGGGGAUAGUCAGUAAAGCUCGUCGACCCACAUUGGGUCACGGUGGUGGGGCUAUGCUGUUAAAUCUUCUCGCUAUUAGACUUCUGCGAAUGUCCAAUUUUUUAUAG